GGAGCUCCAUCUCUCUCGACCGAGAAACGGCGUCAAAAUGAAGUCAUCGAUAAGACUGGCAUCUAUAUCAAUCGGUGGCAUGGAAGGGAAUUCAGAACUCAAUUUGCUAUUCAGUAUCAUACUAUAUUUCCUUUCUCUGAGACCUUUAUCUGAUUCGAAUUGACGAUAUCCAUCAUGAGUGACCCAAGCAACCCCAAUAUCCAGAACAGAGCAACGCCCCAAUGGGGAUUAUACCAGCGGGAAAACUUUUGGAAGAGCAACGAUGGCCAAGUACCUCCUUUCAACACUGGUAUGAAGGAUCAAUCGUCCUGUUAAAAACCAUGCUGAUAACCGACAGAUCCAAAGAAACUCGAAGAAAGAGCCCGACAAAAGCUCACCGAAGCCGGCUGGUAAGAGAACCUCGACGCAUACCAAAGCACCCACACUGACUCGCUAGGUAUUAUGCAUCCUCAAACGCAGGCAUGUCCAACACCCACCUGGCCAACCGUCAAGCCUUCUACCGCCACCGAAUCAUCCCUAGACAGCUGGUGGACACAAACUUGCGGGAUACCACGACAGAGAUCUUCGGCCACAGGGUGUCCGCACCUAUUGGCUUCGCUCCCAUCGGCAUAAACAAGAUAUACCACCCCCUGGCUGAAGUCCCGGUCGCCAAGGUCGCUGGGGAACUCAACCUGCCUUACUGUCUCUCCACGGCUGGAAGCACACCCAUCGAAAAGGUUGGAGAGGCAAAUGGGAACGGCCCUCGCUUUUAUCAGCUAUACAUGCCUCACGACGACGAGUUGACCAUAUCUCUCAUGGAGCGCGCAUGGAAGUCAGGCUUCGACGCGCUAAUUCUCACCACGGACACCUGGCAGCUUGGUUGGCGACACGAUGACGUCGCCAACUCCAACUAUGCCUUUUACCGCGGCAUCGGCGCCGAAAUAGGUCUGUCUGAUCCUGUGUUCCAGAAGCGGUGUCGCGAGGACGGCAUCGACCCGGAGAAAGAUAUCGUCGCGGCAUCGACGAAGUGGAUCGAUUCAAUCUGGCACGGUCGUGCGUGGUCCUGGGAGACGAUUCCCUGGCUGAUAGAGAAGUGGAAGCAAAUCUCCGGGGGUCGCCCGUUUGUGAUCAAGGGAAUCCAGUCUGCUGCGGAUGCUAGGAAGUGUGUCGAGUAUGGCGUUGAUGGUAUUGUCGUGAGCAACCAUGCAGGUCGGCAGGUUGAUGGGGCAAUUCCAAGUCUCGACGCGUUGGAGAAGAUCGUUGAAGCUGUCGGUGAGCAGAUAUACAUCAUGUAUGACAGUGGAGUUCGCGGAGCCAGCGAUGUGGUCAAGGCUCUUGCACUCGGUGCCAAGUUUGUCUUCGUGGGACGACUUUGGAUUUGGGGACUCAGUAUCUUGGGCGAGGAUGGAGUUCGUCAUGUCAUGAAGUCUCUCCUAGCGGACUUUGAUAUCCUGAUGUGUGUUGCUGGAUUCAACAACGUCCAAGAGUUUGACAAAACCAUGCUAGGUAUGUUUCCUGUUUCCUGCACUUCAAAGCAGUUGACUAACUGAUUAUAACAGACUCGUGUCCAAAGUCAUACACGUUGAUUCCGGAAAAGGUUGUGUUGUAAAGGGUGUCUUUGUCGUGAAAUAAAUAGUAUUU